CUACUAACGUUACUCUGAAAGACAAUAUGCACAACUAAUGUGCUCCAUUUUAUUUAUUUAUUUUUAAGAACACGCAAAAUUAGGCUAAUGUAAUUUCAUGUGUUUAGCAUGUGCGUGGGGAGUGUAGUGUUGUCAGCUGGGUUAUUGCUCCUCCCAUCGGCUUCAGUGAAUCUCACCGGAGUUCAGGAACACGGAACAACAUCGAGUAGCAGACAUGGCUAUGCUCAGAACAGACCAACAACAAACCGAUGCAAAAGAUGAUGCAGAUGAUAAAUUCGUAUGUCCCGUUUGUCUGGAAAUAUUUAUCUCUCCGAUGACAACGCAGUGUGGACAUACAUUCUGCUAUUCUUGCCUUAAGGAGUGUUUACGGCCUCAGAAACCAGUGUGUGCGGUCUGCAGAACUGAUCUGAAUAAGUGGACUGAAGCAGAUGAUAUAAAAAACUUGAUCGACAGAUCCAUCGGAAAAUGCAAAGGCUGUAAAAAUCAGAUUCCUUUGUCCCAGAUGAGAACACACACAGCUGCCUGCUCCAAAUAUCAAGACUAUGUCAAGGAGGGUAUGACGUCUAUUUUACAGAACCAAACUUCCAUUGUCAGUUCAGGGCCGAACCGCUUUACAUUCACCUGUCCCUACUGUGACCUCCGUAAUUUUGACCAGGAUGGUCUAGUUGAACACUGCAUCUCAAAACACGCACAUGACAAAAGUCCAGUGGUGUGUCCAAUUUGUGCCUCUAUGCCCUGGGGUGACCCCAAUUACAGGAGCAGUGACUUCUUUCAACACAUCAAAAUAAGACAUGCUUUUUCUUAUGAUACUUUUGUAGAUUAUUCUACAGAUGAAGCUGCUAUGAUCCAGGAAGCUCUACAGCGCUCUCUUAUGGAUAACUGAUGCUAAGGAGACAUAACUUGCUAGCUAAACUCAACACAACCUAUAUAUAUAUAUUUUAUUUCAAGGGUUCAGGGCUCUAUACUACUCUGUACUGUUUUUUUUUCUUUGUGGUCAUUAGAAAAUUGUGAAUGAACACUGUGGUGAGUUUAGUUAAAGGGUCUUAUUUCUUUGGUAACAGCUAAUUCAGAACACGAAGGAGGAAGCUUUUGUCUGUUUAUUCUAUCACUCUAUCUAAAUUAAGUUUGUGUUUGAACCAGUAGGGGGCAGUAUUGCAUCGUUAGUCCACCAUAGUAUCCACAAUCUGUACUUUAUAAAACUUGCCUAUAAGCUCCCAACGCUUCAAUAAAACAUUAUGUGAAAAUAAAAAGUAACUUAAAAGAGGGCUUUACAUUUUAUGUUUGUAUAAUGCAUAUACAGAUGGAAAUUUUAUAUGAAUAUUUUAAACUUAAAUCAGUUCACUUCCAUCAGAACUAACUGCCUUUAGUUACAAUAUUUAAAAAUGUUUUACGUUGUUCAACAAAGUUACUUUUUAGGGUCUGUAAGGCACAAGUUGUGCUGCAUGCAGUUUGAUGCAGAUCUCAUCAGCCUCACAUAGAGAUUAACUAAAGAUGCUUUAUGAUUUCAGUGUCCAGUUAAUAUGUUAUUUGUGCACUAAUUAAUCGGCCUGUUGCUUGUCCUAGUGGUUAAUAAACCUUUCUUAAUUUAACCUCUUUAAUGUGUAGUAUCUUUUCUCUGUGCUUUGUCUCUUUGUGUAAUAAAUACACGUGCAUUCAA